AUUAGCGUUUGUGAUAAAUGUAACGCUUAAGGAUUAAUGUAAUUUAGUUAUUGAUGUUAAAACCAUUAUUUUUAACCCACUGAUUGAAUCAUUUUAAAUGCAAAUAUAUAAGGGCUAACAUCGUUUGAGAUUACUUAGGCAAGCAUAUUUUAUUUUGAAAACGAAGUAGCAAGCCACCACCGGUACCAUGAAGAUCAAACGGCAGAAGCAAGCCAAGAAGACCAUAAACUUCUACAAAUACAACUUCAGCUUCAGGGAACCCUUUCAAAUUCUCAUCGAUGGGACAUUUUGUCAAGCGGCUCUUAAAAAUAAGAUUCAGAUUAAGGAGCAAAUACCAAAGUACUUGAUGGGAGAGGUGCAACUCUGCACUACGAACUGUGCACUGAAGGAACUAGAGUUUCUGGGAAAGGAACUGUAUGGAGCAAAAAUUAUCCUGCAAAGGUUUCAGGUCAGGAACUGUAACCAUUUCAAGAGCCCAGUGCCAGCCUCAAAGUGUCUGCUGUCCAUGCUGGAAAAGACAAACCCACAUCACUACUUUAUUGCCACACAGGACUUCAAUGUGACAAAUGAUUUGAAGAAGAUCCCAGGUGUGCCUCUGCUAUACAUCAUCCUCAACACGAUCGUGCUGGACAAGCCCAGCCAGUCAUCCUUGGACCAUGUUCAGGCUGUUCAGAUGGGGCAACUUGUCUCCCCGGAGCAGCAGCAGAGAAUCAGCAGCCUGAAAGAGGAGCAGGGGGUCGCCCAGAAGGACAGGGAGAGACGGGGUAAGAAGCGCAAGAGGAAACAGAGCAAUCCCAACCCUCUCAGCUGCCUGAAGAAGAAAAAAAAAGGACUGCCCACGCCACCGCUGAAAAAGAUGGAGGGAGAGAAGAAGAGGACUCGGCACAAGAAACACAAGCGGGGCACAGAGGAGAGCACACCUGCUGCCCCAACCACUCAGUAGUAUGGCAGCCAGCCCUCUGGAUGUUGUGACCGCACCAACUAGCUGCCUUUUUUUUCCUUGCCCAAAUAUUUGAAGAUGUUACAGAAAUUUAAACUUAAUUCCAAGUUGAACAAUGAUUCGGUAUCAGCCAAAAGUUUGGAUCUGCCAAGUUAUUUUUUGUGUACGCAAGUAGGUAUAUGAUUGAAAUGAUGAUAAAUUGUUCCUGUUCCUGAUUCCUGGAUGAGGGAUUGAAUCAUUAUUGACUCAUCAGUUCUUAUGUUUUAUUGAUGCUUCCAAAGCUUUUGAUCGUGUUAAUCAUAGAAAGUUGUUUAUUGAAUUGAGUCAAAGAGGGGUGUCUAAAUACAUUGUGAGAAUUCUGGCUUAUUGGUA